AUGGCUACAGUGGACCAUAAUGACACCGUAUCAUCUUUGGACCAGGAUGUUGUCGUCAGGAAUGAAAGCGAGUCAAGAUUCAUGCAACUAAUCAAUGAGAAGGAAAUGGAAGAAGAAGUGGAGAUCGAGGAAGUCGUUGACGAUGAAUCCGUGCAUAUUAUUGGAAGACUUUACCUCGGAUCCAUUGAUGCAGCAAGGAAUCUGACGGGGAUUGAAACGAUUACUCAUCAAUCAGUUAGAUUUAAUGUGGAAGAAUAUACGAAGCAGCAGAUGACGAGAACAAUUAUCGAGCUUGAGGAUUCGAAGGAUGGUGAUUUGUUGCGGAGAAUACCUGGAAUAUUGGCUACACUUGAAACGAUCAUAGUAAAAGCAGAGCGGGAUGAGACGAAUGUGCUCGUGCAUUGCAUCGCUGGAAGAUCGCGCUCUGUUUCAGUCGUAGCAGCAUAUAUGCUUGUCAGUGCACCAAAGCAGAAGAGUGUACAAGAUGUGGUCGAUCAGAUCAGAAUCAUUCGUCCUUGGGUUGAGAUCAAUGCUCAUUUCAUGCAGGAUUUACACCUCUUUCAUGCCGUACUCGGGUCAACAAACGAAGCAAAGCUGAGUGCUGAAAAAGCUGCUUUGCUAACAGCUCGAUCAUUCCCACGACUCGACUUUAGUGCGAACCUCGUGGAUAAAAUUCUUCAAGGCACAAAAACGAUCACAAUGCGUCUCUUAUCUGACAUAGACGAUGACCAUGAUUCGGAUUUGAGAGAUAUCUUUCCAUACGCUGUGGUUACAGCAACAACAUCGAGUACAUGCACCGACAUGUUGCAAACAAGAAGGCAAUUCGCCUAUUUGCGGAUCGAUCAGAUCGAAAUUCGCGAGUUGAGUGCCAUGGAUCAAACGAUACUUCACAAAUCUAGUUUCGACUCAAGUGAAGAACUUUUGGCUGUUCUAAAGCAGUUUUACCCACACGUGACGUCUGCAUCUCUACUGCUUGUGAUGCAUUUUCACACUUUGUACCCAUAA